GUGGCCUUCUCUAUUACUUGUGUACUGCGAUAGACGGUCAUGGGUAUGAGUCCUGGGAGCACGUCUGCUACUCCCGCCACUCGCUCGCAUAGCUGAGGAGGGAAUUGGCAAUUUGUAAACAAUCAUCUAUGCUUCUCGAAAACUAAAACUGCGCGUCACUCUUAUGCCUGAUCCGAAAUCCAGUAUGGCUUCGUUCGACGUCAGACCUUCAAAAUCGAGGCUCUUCUUCCCUGGGCAUACUGGAAUAUCAUGGCUUCACCAGCAGAUACGCUGAAAUGGUCGGCUCAACUCGAAGUCGCGCACCCAAACCGCAGACUUGUUGGAGAUAAGAUCACCUUGCCACAAUCGGCCCUCGAAGCACUCCUCGCAGCUGCGCCCGUUGUGUCGGUGCAGAAUGCCUCUAGAAACGCGACCUCGUCCUUCGAUCCUUUCAAUCCAUACUCCUUUGCCGCCGAACGUUAUGCCCGUCAGGCUCUCCAAGAUCGUCAACAGCAGUUACCUCAUCCUCUGACCUUUCGCAUCGUCAAUCCUCGCAAUGGAAGGGCUGUAUAUGCGGGAAUCCGAGAGUUUUCUGCAGAAGAAGGCACCAUAGGACUGAGUAGUGGUCUGAAAGAGGUGCUCGGUAUACAGGAUGGCUCAUCCUCACACACGUCGAGGGAGAGCACACCGAGUGGCGAUGUUGUCAUGACAAACGGGAUGGAGACUUCAAAGUCGAAGUCGGAAACGGUCACAAUACACGCAAAGCAGCUGCCGAAAGGCACAUUUGUGAAACUCAGGCCUCUUGAAGCGGGCUACGAUCCGGAAGAUUGGAAAUCCCUCCUCGAGCGAUAUCUACGGGAUAACUACACGACCCUGACUAGUGGAGAACUACUUGUCGUCCCAGGUGCUCGUCAUGAGCGGUUUCGAUUUCUGGUUGACAAGUUCGAGCCUGAAGGAGAUGGGAUUUGCAUUGUCGAUACAGAUCUGGAAGUGGACAUCGAGCCUUUGAACGAAGACCAGGCACGGGAGACACUGAACAAGACACUGGCCAAGAAGAGACGCCAGCAGGAGUUGCCGGAAGGUACUUCCUCAGGCGGCUCCCUGGUUCUCGAAACAGAAGUGCAGGGUAGAGUGCUACCGGGAGAAUAUGUGGACUACGAGCUGAAGAAGUGGAAUCGCGAUCAAGAUUUGGAAGUCGUCCUACAAGUCGCCAACGAGGAUAGCAUCCUAGAUCUUCUCGUCAGUCCCUUUUCUGCACACCAGCGCUCAGAACCUCGAGAAGACGAGUACGUCUUCGCUGACCUUAGUGGACGACCCACUAAGCGAAUAAAACUUUCUCACACCAGUGUCGACAUGGAGACCGCUGAGUCGGUAAAUGUUGCGGUCCAUGCAUGGCAAGAUACCAACCAAGACUCGACAGACCAAAGUCGACCAAUUCCGUAUACACUCAAGAUCUCCGCCACUGCAUCUGAAUCCGUGACAGCGGACGAUAUGCCUCCAGAGCUCUCCGAUGACGAAGUCGUAUGCAAGAAUUGUCGCCAGGUUGUACCGAAACGCACCCUCCCAUUGCACGAAGCAUUCUGCUACCGGAACAAUAUUCUCUGUCCGAAGUGCUCAGGCGUAUUCUUGAAGAACUCGGAUGCCUGGAGAAACCAUUGGCAUUGUCCUCAUGAUAACGAGCACGGAAACGACCCGUCCUCCCAUCGUAAACAUGACUCGAUUUUUCAUCCUGAAUCACCAUUGCAGUGCCCAAGUUGCGAUUUUCAGGCUUUCGACCUACCCAUACUCGCUCACCACCGUACUACAACAUGUCCGGGGAAGGAGAUUCUCUGCCAGUUCUGCCAUCUGGUCGUCCCUCAACAAGGACCCGACGACCCUUCAUUUACCGACGCAGAAGUGCUCUUGUCUGGGCUUACACCGCACGAACUUGCAGAUGGUGCGCGGACGACAGAAUGCCACUUAUGUAACAAGAUCGUCCGACUGCGGGAUAUGAAGACUCACCUUCGACUGCAUGACCGGGAACGAUUCUCUCGGCCCAAGCCCAGUCUAUGCUCUAACCAGAUCUGCGGCCGGACUAUUAGGCACGAGGAGGAAUCUAGAGUCCGGAAAGAGCAACUGGGCCUCUGCAACGAAUGUUUUGGUCCGCUGUAUGUCACCAGUUAUGACCCGGAGGGCAAACUGCUCCGGAGAAGGAUUGAACGGAGAUUACUACAGCAGCUCAUGGGAGGCUGUGGCAAGUCCUGGUGUCGUAAUACGGAAUUGUGCAAGACCGGCCACAAGAAUGUCACGGGUCAGGACAGAGUUGUGUCUGCAAAGGAUGGUCUCCCUAUGAUCAAGCCGAUCAUGGAUCAACUUGCUCAAGGUGAUACCAGCGGACUGAUAUUCUGUGUUGACGAGACUAGUCAGACUCAACGAAAUCUUGCAACUAUGAUGGCGGGUGAAGGAGAUUAUGAACUUGCAUGGUGUGCGAAGGCACUGGAGGAGGAACGAGGUGAUGUGGGCAAGGCCAGAGACUGGCUCAAAGACCGUGCUCCGAAGGUUGGUGAGGUUGUAACCUGACGACAUGGGGUGUUGCAUCUCUCAUCAGUAAACAAUUCUGUGGGCCAUGUCAACAAGGCGAGAGGUAUGGCAUCUCAUAGAGGAGAUCAUCGGAGCAUUAACCUCCACGCGAUAUCAAGACUUGAAUGGAAUCGGCACAAGAAGAGUGUCCAUAAACCGCGCAGAAGUCGGGAGAUACUGGUGGAUCUGACGGUACUCAUAACUAGAAGCUCAGUCAUUUGCGAG